UUGUAAUAUAUCAUUAUCGAUGUAUCAACCAUCGAUAUCUCUUCGCCUCUAUUUUGUUUAAUGUUCAAAAAGGCCGAAUCAAGUGAAAAAAUAGUCUAAGGGAGCAAACAACUAAUAACAAAUUGCAUAUAUGUAUGUAUGUGUGUAAUAUGUAUGUAUAUGUGUGCGUGAGCAACAAGGCUGAUUAAUUUAAAACAACAAAAAAAGUAACUAAACUAAACGGCAAACAACAAAGAUAGUUCGAGUAGUAAAAAAAAUAAAACACAACUCAGGCAAUACAACAAAAUGGAAGCAAUUGCCAAACAUGAUUUCUCGGCGACGGCUGACGAUGAACUUAGUUUUCGUAAAACUCAAAUUCUAAAGAUAUUAAAUAUGGAAGACGAUUCAAAUUGGUAUCGCGCCGAACUGGAUGGGAAGGAAGGGUUGAUACCCAGCAAUUAUAUUGAAAUGAAAAAUCACGAUUGGUACUACGGACGCAUCACACGUGCCGACGCCGAAAAGCUGCUCUCGAAUAAACAUGAAGGCGCCUUUUUGAUACGCAUCAGCGAAUCCAGUCCCGGCGAUUUCUCCCUAUCCGUCAAAUGUCCCGAUGGCGUACAACAUUUCAAAGUUCUGCGCGAUGCACAAAGCAAAUUCUUCCUGUGGGUUGUCAAGUUUAAUUCCCUCAACGAACUGGUCGAAUAUCAUCGAACGGCGAGCGUAUCGCGAUCGCAGGAAGUUAAAUUACGUGAUAUGAUACCUGAAGAGAUGCUUGUGCAGGCGUUGUACGAUUUUGUGCCACAGGAAUCCGGGGAAUUGGACUUUAGACGCGGUGAUGUCAUCACCGUUACAGAUCGUUCCGAUGAGAAUUGGUGGAAUGGCGAGAUUGGCAAUAGAAAAGGCAUUUUCCCAGCAACCUACGUGACGCCAUAUCAUUCAUAAUAAACUCCGCGACCCCGCAACACACUCACAUGCAUUGGCAGCAUACAACAACAAAUUGAGAACCCACACACAACUAAAUGCGAAACUAAAACACAAAUUUCAAGUACUGUUCAACAUUUUUAAUAUGAAACAACAACAAAAUAUGAGACGUAUUUACAUUAUAAGCAUAUUGAGCCAAACGCAUUUUUUUACGUUUUUGACAUGCAGUUUGGAUCCGUGUUCUAAAUUGUAACAAAUGAUAAAAUAAUAAUUUAAAAAAUAUGAAUAUACCAACUAAACGGAUAACUGACAACUGCACCUUCUUAUAUUGAUAAAUAUAAGGAAUAGCACACUAUAUUAUUACUGUAACAAAAGGAUUUUUGAUAUAAAUAUAUAUUUUAAGUUUCAUCAAAUGUAAUAUUGUCUUGUGCUUCGAAAUAUCGUACAUCACUCCCAAGGUAUUCAUUAUUUUCAGAGUGUAUGUAACAAGUGUAAGUGUAUGUGUGGAUGUGUGUGUGCGUGUGAGUGUGACCGAUAAAGAUAGAAAGAGGAAUUUAUGAUAAUUAAAUAUAUAUUAAAACAAAUUAUCAAUAAUUGAAAAGAAGAAGAGAAGAACAAAACACUACAGCUAAAACAAAUUCACUAUGAAAAAAAAUUUUGCCUAAAUGUCUCAAAGCGAAGACAUUUAAAAUAAUUAUUAUCAUUAUUAUUAUCUUACUAUAAUAUAUAUUUAUAUAUAUUAAUGAAUCGAUAUUAAGCGCAAGUUUUGCUUCAGUUGCACAUGUUCGUACAUUUUGACGCUCUUGUAACUAAAUUAUGUGAAAUUUGUUUCCUCAUCUAAUAAUGCAUAUAUAUAUAUAUAUAUAUAUACAACUAUAUAUAUAGUAUAUACUUACACGUAGAAUAUAAUUUUGCUUUUGGAAUGUAAUUGAAUGAUUUGAUUUGUUUCUUAACAAGCCAUGACCAACACACAUAUUUAAUAAACAUUCGUAACAUGUUCAUAAGGUAUAAACGAUUUCCUUGCUAAUUACAUUGUGCUAUAAUUAAUUACAUACGACAUACUAUAUAAUAUUUUUAAAUGCUUUUGCUUUCACGUAAGCGUUUUUCUCAUCAUUUUUCACUGACAAAUAGUUGCACAUUUUUAACAUUAUAUACAUACAUAUACAUAUACUUACAUAUUCAUACAAAUAAAUAUGAAGUUGCCAAUAUCAGUAAUUAAACCGAAAACAAAAUAUUUUUUAUAUGUAAUAACUGAAAUCCAGAAAAUUGAUUUGAUAUCAAAAAGUUUACAAUUUAUCCGGCAGCUGGACACAAAAGAUUUGCACUAUUCUGCAGGCAUUAAACAUACAAGUAAUCAUUAGAAGUUGCAAUUUACAAAAUAAUGAAUCGUAUCUAACCGUAACAAUAAUAACGAUCACAAAGCAAAAACUGGAUAAGCGAAAAACAAGGUUAAAACGUGCAUAAUACAAAAACAAAGUAUAUACAAAUGACAAACAUAGUAUGAUUCAGAGAAGCAUUACAAAUGAAAAAAAAUAAAAUAAAUAAAAACCAUGAAGAACAUAUGUAUGUUCAUAAUUUAAGCAAAAACUGAUUUAUCUAAUAAAACUAUUAAAAAUCCAA